GGCAGGCAGGCAGGGCCAGCCCUCGCCUCACGGCACAUGGCAGCGGAGCGCUCGGCCGCGCCGCAGGUUAGCUAGGGCCGGGCUCCGGCCAGCGCAUCCAGCCUCUCUAGGUCCGCCGAGUCACCGCAGGGAUUAAAAUGCAGCUGGCCGCCUGCUUCUUUCUGGGCUGCGGCAUAAUCUUAGCUUCAGGAUACAACUCCUUCAGUAAGAGCAUGGAGACGAUAGGCAAGAAGCAGUACCAGGUUCAGCACGGGUCGUGCAGCUACACCUUCCUCCUGCCCGAGGCGGACAACUGCCGCUCCUCCAGCCCGUACGUGUCCAACGCGGUGCAAAGGGAUGCACCUCUGGACUAUGAUGAUUCAGUUCAAAGACUGCAGCUACUUGAGAACAUCAUGGAAAACAACACGCAGUGGCUAAUGAAGCUUGAGAAUUACAUCCAAGACAGUAUGAAGAAAGAAAUGGUAGAGAUCCAGCAAACUGCAGUGCAGAACCAGACUGCAGUAAUGAUUGAAAUAGGCACAAACUUGCUAAAUCAAACAGCUGAACAGACCCGCAAAUUAACAGAUGUUGAAGCACAAGUAUUAAACCAGACAACCCGACUUGAACUUCAGCUUUUGGAACACUCUCUUUCAACGAACAAACUAGAAAGACAGAUUUCAGAUCAGACCAAUGAGAUAACUAAAUUACAAGAAAAAAACAGCUUUUUAGAAAAAAGAGUUCUUGAGAUGGAAGACAAGCACAUGCUUCAGCUGAAGUCAAUAAAAGAUGAAAAAGAUCAGCUUCAAGUCCUAGUAACCAGACAAAAUUCUAUUAUAGAAGAACUAGAAAAACAGCUAGUUACAGCUACAGUAAACAACUCAGUUCUGCAAAAACAGCAACAUGAUCUGAUGGAGACAGUUCACAGCUUGCUUACUAUGAUAUCGACACCAAACUCUAAGAGCAAAUUCAUAGCCAAAGAAGAGCAAAUCAGCUUCAAAGACUGUGCUGAAGCUUUCAAAUCUGGACUGACAACAAGUGGAAUCUACACUUUAACAGUUUCAAAUACUGCACAAGAGAAGAAGGCCUACUGUGACAUGGAAACUGGUGGAGGAGGUUGGACAGUUAUUCAGAAACGAGAAGAUGGCAGUGUGGACUUCCACCGGACAUGGAAGGAGUAUAAGAUGGGAUUUGGUGAUCCUGCUGGGGAGUACUGGCUGGGAAAUGAAUUUGUUUCUCAACUGACUAAUCAGAAGCGUUAUGUUCUUAAAAUACAACUGAAAGACUGGGAAGGAAAUGAGGCAUAUUCAUUGUAUGACCACUUCUCUCUAGCAAGUGAAGAACAAAAAUACAGGAUUUACCUUAAAGGACUUACUGGGACAGCGGGCAAAAUAAGCAGUAUAAGCCAACCAGGAAAUGAUUUUAGCACAAAGGAUGCAGACAAUGACAAAUGUAUUUGCAAAUGUUCACAAAUGCUAACAGGAGGAUGGUGGUUUGACGCAUGUGGUCCCUCUAACCUCAAUGGAAUGUAUUAUCCAUUACGACAGAACAACAACAAGUUUAAUGGGAUCAAGUGGUACUACUGGAAGGGCUCGGGAUACUCUCUCAAAGCUACGACGAUGAUGAUUCGACCAGCAGAUUUCUAAAUGCUUUGUCAUUGUGUGAAUUAUGUUUUGUAUAGUCUUCAAAGACUUAUUUUACCAAGCAACUUGUCUCAUUUUUUCAAGCCCAGAAACAUGCACUAGUGUUCUGAAGGGGUCAGUACAGUACAGUUCCUGAAUUGCAAUUGUCUUGAUCAGCUAAAGCUCAUAUUAUUCAACCAGACACAAUGUCUAAAGCAUCAACCUGGCAGUGAUUUGGCCAAAUGACUCAAUAAAAAGAACAUCCAAGAAACCAUCAGACAACUUCAAGGACUCUGUUUUACUGAUCAUUUAUGUUAUGUAUGUGUUAGUAAAUAACUGGAACUGUGAAAAAAACCCUAAAAUAGUUUUAGGAAUAUGCAUUUUGCCUCACCACUGAACUUUAAACAUUAAUAUAAAACACUUAGCUAGUUCUAGCUUAGUUCUAGCUAGAUCUAGAACUAUUUAUCGUUCUGUGUCAUCUGUGCCCUAUAUGUACAUAAAAAAAAAAAUCUUUUCUGUAAUUAGCUCAAUACUAUAGUUAGGGAAUACAUUCUUUUCCCCCAUAGUCUCCUAAACAACUUUUUACUCUUAUUUGAGGAUUUUUUCCAGUAGCCUGUAUGACUAUGUUUAACAGAGGACAAAUAGCAUUUAAGUAGUGUGCAUUUAUUCUUGGGAAAUACCAUUUACAAAAGUCAUAAUUUUUUCAGUCUGUUUCAGUCACUGUCUUUAAAUUAUAGAAAAGCCCUAUGAAUUACAAUACAGCAUGUAUUCCUAUACAUUCUUAUGAAGAUUGCACUUUUUUCCUUCCCUUGUCAUUUACCUGUAAAAUAACUGUCCAGUAUUUUGUAAACCGAGACAACGGCAUUAACACCAGAUGUCCGGUUGUCUGUGACAAUCAUGUAUCACCUGGUGAUGUAAUAUAACUAUAUGUUUUGUAAAAAUAACCUGACUGAAAAACAUAUGCAUGUUCUUUGAUACAAUUAAAUUUAUGCUUAUGACUGAAGAUACAAAUUGCUACAUUUUAAGAACAGGAAGAAAAAUAAUCUGAAAAUUAUCUAAGGUCACACUAUAGGUUUUUCUCAGUAAGGUUAGGACUUCUCCCUAAAAAUUCUCUGUAGGUAGGCCCUCAAUGUACACCACAAUGUGAAUAAAUUACUCUACUGGGUGA